GUUCUUUUUGUUGGUUUCUUUCCUUUUUUUUCCCAGCGUUCUUUCUUUCCGUGCUAAUUUUUGCACUUUUUUUGUGUUCGAUUCUCCGCGCUUCUUCCUUUCUUCUUCUUCUUCUUCUGUCUACAUUUACCCUACAUUACCAAUGGGCCCGUCACACAUCACUGAAGCUGCGUACGUGGCACAGGCGCCGUCCAGCAAGGCGGCAGGCAAGCGCGACCCCGUGCCAACCCUCGUUUCGCAAGCCACCCCCACCGCCACCGCUCGCACGAGGGCUGCGAGCGCCGCAUCGGCCGACGAAACUCCUGCAGCACCUGCGACUGCUGCUGCUGCUCCGCGGACACGCCGUCCUGACGUCUAUGCCAAGGGGCUGACCGCGUGGGCCAUGCCGGCGUUUGUUGGGCUGCUCGUGGCGGCUGGGUAUGCGCUCGCCGACAUGUACCAAGAGACAAUCUCCACCUUCCAAUACCAGCAGCGCAUCACCCCGCUGCACGCCAUGUGGGUGCCCGUUACUGCUGUGACUUGCUAUGCAAUUGGCAUUUUCACCCUCAAGCGCUUUGUGAUGGACAAGCGCGACAAGCCCGUGGAUGGCAAGUUCAUCCAAGUCCUCAUGUUCUUGCACAAUGGCUUCCUCUCUGCCUGGUCGCUCGUCAUGCUCCUCAAGAUUUCCACGCAGAUUGCCACGACUGGUUACAACGCAUUCGUGUCUGAAACCGAUACCGUCAACGAGUGCCUGUGGUGCGACUCCAACAAGGCCCAAGUGCAAAACAACGAGCUCUACUUCUGGUACCAUGUGUUUUACAUUUCCAAGUUUUACGAAUUCAUCGACACUGUCUUUAUUGUCAUCCGCAAGAAACCAUUGAUCUUCUUGCACUACUACCACCACAUCAUCACCCUGCUGCUGUGCUGGGUCACCAUGGACGACCAGCUUGCGCCCCAGUGGAUUUGCAUCGCCACCAACACCCUUGUGCACGUCUUCAUGUACUACUUUUACAUGGUCCAGAGCGCCGGCUUUUCGGUUUGGUGGAAGCGUCACCUCACCAAGCUCCAGAUCAUCCAAUUCGUCGCGGAUCAAAUCGGCAACCACAUGUGGGUGUACUAUGCUUGGAUUGUCAAGCUGGCCUGCCCUGGCUCCGUCGUGGGCUACGCUUGGGGCACUGGCGUGAUUGGCUCCUUCCUUGUUCUCUUCCUGCAAUUCUACGCACGCACCUACAAGCGACCAGCUGCUGGCGACAAGCGUGGCACUCCUGUCAAGGCAGAGUAGAGUUGAAAACAAGCAAAGCUCGAAGCUGGAAUUAGGCAUUUUGCAUUCUUAUCAAAUCGUGUGCGUGUGAUUUUUUGUUUCGUAUGUUGCGUGUGCUUGCUCUGCUCGUUGUGGAUUGAUUCUGCAUUAAAGUUUACUUUUACCAUCAA